AUGCAGCGCAGCAACGAGCGCCUCUACCGUGGCCAGGAGCUCAACGAGCUUGCAGCGAGAUCCGCUGGACGGCGUUCACGCGGAUGGGCGAGCUUGGCGGCGCUAGAAGGGCACGGCGAGCUCUGCGGGCGGCUGGGCUCGCGUGCGUCCAGGCACGGCCUCAAGUACGUCUUCGUCUUCGUCUGGCACGCCAUCACAGGCUACUGGGGCGUUGUGCGUCCAGGCAUCGCCGGCAUGGACCAAUACAUCUCCAGGAUGCAGUUCCCCAAGAUCUCGCCGGGCGUGAGCUCCUUGCCAGCGGCCGUGCAAUCGAGUCAGCCGCGCGAGCUCCGGCCGGCUUCUGCGCGAGUCCGCGGCGGCCGCGCGAGCGAGGCGGCCCUAUCCGCGGCGGAUGCGCGAGCUCUGGCCGGCGUCUGCGUGAGUCCGCGGCGGCCGCGCGAGCUCCCUGCCAGCGGCCGUGCGAGCGAGUUGGCCCUCUCCGUGGCGCUGCGCGAACUCCGGGCGGUGUCGACGCGAGUCCGCGGCGGCCGGCGCGAGGCGGGCGUCGAGCGGCCGCGGCCGGACCUCCACGUCGUCGAGCGGCCACACACGGGGAGGCAUGCGUCCAGCCAGCGGCAAUGGGGAGGAAGGCGCAUGGGACGAUCUCGCGGUCACCCUCAACCAAAGGCCCCUGCUGCACGCAGGGAUGCAGUGGGACUUAAGUGGACACAGGGGCAAAAGGUUGAAGCACUCAAAGGUAUAGCCCGCAAGCUUAACAAAGCAGAUUGGGAUUUUAGUGUGGAUCCAUGCAGCGGAUCAGGAAAUUGGGUCAAUGUCACUGGUUCGCUUAGCAGUAAUGCGAAGUUUAGCAGUAAUGUGACAUGUGACUGUUCAUUCAACAACCACACCGAGGAGCUUAUGCGGCAGAACCUUAGUGAAGUUCUACCAGAUGAAGUUGUCAAUCUUAUCUGCAAAAUCUGUAACGACUUGUCACGCAACUUCAUUCAAGGACCAAUUCCAGCUUCAUGGGCUGACCUACCUGUUUUUAAUCUGUCUCUCCAGGGAAAUCGCAUAUCUGGAACCCUACCGAAGGAGCUUGGACGCAUGCCCAAGUUGAAAUCUAUACAGUUAGAAGGCAAUCAGCUUGCGGGUUCUAUUCCACCAGAGCUGGGUACCAUCAUCAGUCUGCAGAGAUUGUCCGAGUUUACUCCAGGCGGCGGCGCCGUGUUAGGUCCCCUGCCCCAGCUUCCCCAGCCGUUGCGGAUGCUCCUUCCCUGGGUUCAGGGGCGAAGUCCCGGCUCCAGAAUCUCGACAAGCCGCUAUUUUUGGUCAGGGAAGUGGGAGAGGGUGAGCAGUCUUGAGCUGCAGAUGUCCUUACAAUGUUGUAAGUGUGACAAGAAUAAUGCAAAUUUAGAUAGAGCUAUGAUGGGAAGAUUCAGGCGUUUUCUAGAUGACAAUGAUCUCAAGGAGAUUCCGCUCUUGGGUCGUAAAUAUACUUGGUCCAAUGAGAGGAGAUCGCCUACUUUGAAUUGGGAGGCUGCAGCAGCAGUCUACUUGUCUUUGUGGAGUGCAUCUUCCUUAAAUUGCAGCCGCUCGAUGAGGGCUGCAAAAUGGGGGGACAACGGAAAAGUAGGGAAUAUUAAAGCCCAAUUAGAAUUGGCCAAGGAAAUACUUCACCGUUUGGAAAUUGAAAGAGAUUCAAGGGCACUCUCUGAUCGUGAGGAAUGGCUCAGAAAGAAACUCAAACUUCAUUGUCUUGGUCUGGCUUCCCUUGAACGAACCAUUGCACGGCUACGUUCUAGAUUUCUUUAUCUCCGGGAAGGUGACGCCAAUACUGCUUUCUUCCACCAACAAGCUAGAUACAGGAAGAAGAAGAACUUCAUCUCAAAAUUGCAAGUUGGUAAUCAGGUGGUUGUCACACAAGAUGAAAAACAGAAAGCAGUGGAUGAUUUCUAUGAGAGCAUUCUUGGAACAGCUGAAGAAAGAGAUUACACUCUUGAUCUAGAUAUUUUGAACAUUCAACAUCAUAAUUUAUCUGAGCUGGAUGCUUCUUUCUCUGAGGAGGAAGUGUGGGCUACCAUAAAGGAUAUGCCCUUGGAUAAGGCCCCAGGGCCGGAUGGAUUCACAGGAAGGUUUUAUAAAUCCUGUUGGAGCAUUAUUAAAGGUGAUGUGAUGAGGGCGUUGGAGGCCAUCCAGCAAGGCCAUGUCUUCAAAUUUCGGCUCUUGAACACAGCCUUUAUAACCCUGCUACCAAAGAAAGUGGAUGCAGUGGAAGCUGGAUCUGAACGGGACAAACUUCAGGCUAUGGGCAUAGCUAGCCAGGAUCAGUCUCAGUGCCCUUGGUCUUGGGAGCACAUCGCCGAUGAGAGCCCCUGCCCUCUUGCCCCUCCUCUCUGGCCAUCGGCUACAUACCAAGGUGACCACUCAGAUGCUGCCAAUAAGGCCUUCAAGGCCUAUCAAAGUUCUCUUGAUGCCUACAAGCAAUGGGACGCCAACGACGCCAGUGCCAUGCUCGUCCAGUCGUCCUGGUUCAUAAAUGCCAAGCAGACGUGGGAACACCCUCAGAAGCACUACCAGCCGGUUGUCAACGCCAUCCACUACUCCCUGCUGCAGCAUCUCCAGGCACUUAAAUAG